AUGACCUCUGUCAAUGGUCGCCUCCAGGCCACCGGCACCCACGAGUCAGUCUUGGAACUUAUCGGGCAAACACCCCUCGUUCGGCUGCAAAAGAUCCCUCAGUCCCUUGGCAUCGAAGCGACGAUAUACGGAAAAUGCGAGUUCUUUAACGCCGGUGGAAGCGUCAAGGACAGGAUCGCCCUACGCAUGAUCGAGGAAGCAGAGAAGUCGGGCCGCAUAAAGCCCGGUGAUACGUUGAUUGAGCCUACGAGCGGCAACACUGGCAUAGGCCUGGCCCUGGUUGCUGCAGUGAAAGGUUACAAGACCAUUAUCACCCUGCCCGAGAAGAUGUCGGCAGAGAAAGUUGCCGUCCUGAAAGCGUUGAACGCCACCAUUAUCCGCACGCCGACCCAGGCAGCGUACGAUAGUCCAGAGUCGCAUAUCGGUGUUGCAAAAAGACUGGAAAAGGAGAUACCCAAUGCUCAUAUCCUCGAUCAAUACGGCAAUCCGGACAAUCCACUGGCACAUGAACUGGGAACAGCCGAGGAGAUAUGGGAGCAGACCAAGGGGACGAUUACCGCCAUCGUUGCCGGAGCUGGAACCGGAGGAACCAUCACUGGCCUGGCAAGAGGCUUACACAAACAUAAAAAAGACGUCAAGAUCAUUGCCGCAGACCCUCAAGGGUCAAUCCUUGCUUUGCCUCCCCAGCUGAAUGAGGAACACGCGAAUGAGCCAUAUAAGGUCGAAGGAAUCGGCUACGACUUCAUCCCCGACGUACUGGACCGGAAUGUCGUGGACAAGUGGUACAAGACAGACGAUAGGGAGUCCUUUCACUACGCCCGCCGUCUGAUUGCAGAGGAGGGGCUUUUGGUCGGAGGGAGCAGCGGUUCGGCGGUCGCUGCCGCGGUCAAAGCAGCACGAGACUUGAAACUCGGCAAGGACGAUGUUAUCGUGGUCAUACUUCCUGACAGUAUCAGGUCGUAUCUGUCCAAAUUCGUCGACGACGACUGGCUGGCAGCCAACAACCUCCUCCCACCCACCCCACCUCCCGAGCCAGCGUCGCCCCAGCAAGAGAAUGAGAAGCGGAAUGACCCCUUUGCUGGCGCAACCGUGCGUUCGUUACGUCUCAAGCCUGUCCAGACUGUGACUGCCGAUUCUCCUUGCGCCGCUGCCAUCGAAGUAAUGCGCGAGAAGGGCUUCGAUCAAUUACCCGUCCUAGCACCUAAAGGCCGCCGGCUUGUCGGUCUGGUCACGCUGGGCAACCUUCUGUCACGGAUAAGCCACGGGCGGGCCACUCCAAACUCUCCGGUCUCGGAUGUCAUGUUCGACUUUAGCAAAAUCCCGGAAGUGACGGUUGACCCCCGAGAUAUCAGCGACAUCGUAGCUCAGUCGGAGACUCUCUUCUCCAGUGAAUUGUCAGAGAAGGAUAGCGGUGAAGAGACCAAGUCGCGCCCGCAACGGCGCCCAAAGAGGAGGGAAUUCGUCGAGAUAACCGUUGACACUCCCCUGAGUGCUCUCAACAAGUUCCUGGAAUGGCAAAGUGCAGCUGUCGUCACUGAACGAGAUCCCAGCGAGACUACAGGCAAUUCCAACGGGCCGGUAUUGAAACCAGUCGCCGUGGUGACCAAGGUCGACCUACUGACGUGGGUCUUGAGUCAACAAAAAUUGCAAUAG